UGUACUUUCAUUUUCACUGUGAUGUGAAGGGUGCACACAGAUAAUGAUGCAUAGGACUGUAAAAUCUUGACUCAAAUAUGAAUAUGGAUACGUUUAAUAAACUAACCGCUCCGGCCACAGAAAAGAUCCGGCAGCUACAGAAGAUUGUGCAGGACAUCAAGAAAAAUGACGGCAGCUUACUAAAUAAGCUAAGAAGGCUGAAAAGCAAACCGAUUCCAAAAGUACCUGCGCGAGACUACCAAGACAUGGUGGAGGUUGAUGAACAGUGGUCUGAAGAAGACUAUGACAGUGACAACUACGAGAACCCUCAGGAGCAGGACGACAGCUACGAGCCUCCACCCUCUCACAAAGUCUUCACCCCAAAACCUUCUGCGUCGUUCUCCCAGGAGGACUAUGUUGACAGCCGUCGUAACAGGCCCAGCCCGACACCUAUGAAGCCUUUCCGCUCAGCAAAGACCACCAAACCACUUCCCCCCGAGAUGGCCGGCAAUGAGGAGGAUUAUGUCAAUCCAAAUCCUGACAAUGAAGAUGACAACUACAUAGACCCUACUGAGAAACCCCCUGGCGAUGAGCUAUAUGAGGUUCCUGAUCAAGAGGAGCCCUCUCCACCAGUAAAAAGAACGAAUACCAGCAAAUCCCAUGAGUCUGAGUCCGACGGUGACGAAUAUGAAGUCUGUGACGGAGAUGACCUUCCACAUAUGAAACAUCAGAAGAACCCUCUGCCCGUAGCACCAAAACCAGUGACAGCACCAAAACCAAACGUAAUGCCGCAGGCGAAUAUGCAACACAGACAAUCUGGAGCCCAAACGCUGCCCGUGAGAGAAAGUGGGCCUAAACCCACCGCUAGAGCAUACAUGACUGACUUUAUACGACCCAAGAUUCACAUUCAACAGUUGUUCAGCGCCCACAGACAGGCUGACAGAAGACGACGCUCUCCAGAAAAUGGAACAAUAGACACCAAAGAGGAGGCGGACGUCUAUCAGAAACCCUGGUACGCCGGGGCCUGUGACCGCAAGACCGCGGAGGAUGCUUUAAUUCGGUCAGCUAAGGAUGGGACGUUCCUGUUGAGGAAGAGCUCGGGUCAGAACACACAGCAGCCCUACACGCUGGUGGUACUGUACAACAGCCGGGUGUACAACAUCCCGGUGCGCCACAUCCAGACCACUGGCCAGUACGCUCUUGGGAAAGAGAAGACAGGAGAGGAGCUUUUCAACAGCGUCUCCCACAUCAUCGAGAACCAUAGCAGGAAUCCUCUGGUGCUGAUUGACAGCCAGAAUAACACCAAGGACGCCACCAAGCUGUGCCACGCUGUCAAACCUUAGGGGACUCUUACUUGUGGUGGAGGGGUCAGCGAAGUUGAGACCGGUGUAUCCCCGUACCAUUUCAUCUACAGUGUCGGACCACCUUUACAGAUGGGUGAUGUGAUGCUAGGCCAAUCCACCACCAUAGCAAGCCAUGCAGACCUAGAAUCCCACUGACAGCCCUCUUAUGUCAUUUGUUAUCAACAUGGGCAAAUAAAUGCCUUCCAGGGAAACUCAUACAGUACUGUGUAGGUUACACGAUCUAAUUUCACUGAACAGCGUUGCCGUUGGGUUUAACGGGCAUCAACAGAAAUGGUUUCUCAUGAAAUACUUCAGGGAGCUACCUUAAAUGGAACUGAGAUAUGUACAGCACAUGUGUAACAUUUUUCUAAUAAAGCUGUUAGGCUG